GUGUGUGUGUGUGUGUGUGUGUGUGUGUGUGUGUGUGUGUGUGUGUGUGUUUACUGCUGAAAGUGUCAGACAUUCUUUCCAUUUGAGACCCCUCCCCCUCCAGAAGACUUCAUUGUCCCAGAGGAAGGGGGAGGGGCCUGGCAGAGCAACUAGUUAACUAGUUAGUUAACAUGGAACUAGCUGCUUUCAUCAGGACGUCAUGUGACCUGCCGCGUUGUUGUGGUCUCGUGUGGAAACAGGAAGUAGAAGCAGGAUGUGAGGCGAGGGCAAAGCUGAUUGGUUGAAACUUGAUCUCUCCCUCACAGAAGUGCCCGCCCACACACCACUUAUGUGGCGCCAGUCAACGCAGGGGGCGGAGUCAGCGUACGCAGCGAGGUGGUACCGCUGGUGAUGGCGACCCGCAGGCGCGUGGUGCUUGGGGGCGUGACGGCGGUGUCGCUGCUGUGCGUGUACGUGCUGUGUGGGAACCUGCAGAUGCCACUCAAACAUUUAGGGUCAUGGCGGUCACUCACCAGCCAAUCGCAGCGUCUUGACCAGAAGGGCAACAUGUCAAGUCCCGCCCCCUCGCCGACGCAUGUGCAUGCUGGUACCCCGCUGACGCCCUCGCUGCGCACGCCCUCGCUGCGCACGCCCUCCCUGCACACGCCCUCGCUGCACACGCCCUCGCCUGCUGGCCAUCAAGACGGUGUGGAAACAACCACUAGAAGCAUUUCUGUGUCGCCGCCUCGCCGUGAGGCCACACCCACUGAAGACGCUUUCAUUGGCGACACUUACAUGAGUGUAGAUGUCCCGCCUCUAACUGACUGCCCGGACGCCAUUCGAAGCCGCGUGGCAAAGACGGAAUUCGCCGGGCGCUUCCUGAAGAACAUUCCGGUGCUGCAGUGGUCCGAAGACGCCACGCGUGACCAGCACCGCCGCCUGAGCCGAUACGCGGGAGCACACGGCUGGGCGGGUGUCGCCUUUGACGCGCUGGCAGAGACGCUGGCGGCACUCAACUCGUCCGCCAACCGCAUCAUGACGGACGACUGGAAGUGGCGCCGUGCGGCAUCCCGCUGCAUCCGCUGCGCCGUGGUGGGGAACGGCGGGAUCCUGAAGGACUCCAAGAAAGGCCCUGAGAUCGACCAGCACCACUACGUCUUCAGAGUUGUGUCUUGCAGGACCAACGGCGCCAUCACGGCGGGCUUCGAGCAGGACGUGGGCGCUCGGACCACCCACUACACCUUCUCCACCAACACGCUGGUCAACUCCCUACGCAGCUACGCCGCCCUCGGGUACAGAGGACCGCCGCGCUCUCAGGAGACACGCUACGUCUUCCUGCCGGACCACGACCGCGACUAUCUGCUGGCGAAGGCGGCGGCCACGCACGGCACCGUGCAGCGUGGGCCCGAGCGCGGCCAAGACCCGUCGCGCUACUUCGGUGAGGACGUGUCGGCCGCCAAGCUGAAGAUGUACCACCCCGAUUUCAUCCGCUACCUCAGGAACAGGUUCCUCCCGUCUGACACGCUCAGAAGCAAGUACAAGAACCUCUACCGCCCCUCCACCGGCGCCGUCAUGCUGCUGGCCGCGCUGCACACCUGCGACCAGGUCAGCGCCUACGGCUUCAUGACGCCCGACUACUCCAAGUACUCGGACCACUACUACGACCGCCGCUAUCACGCCGUGGGCUUCUUCCUCAACCACGACCUGCGCCUGGAGAUGCACCUGUGGCAGCGGCUGCACAGCGUCGGUCUCAUCCGCCUCUACACGCACUCCUGACCCCGCCUCCACACGCUCCUGACCCCGCCUCCACACGCUCCUGACCCCGCCUCUACACGCACUCCUGACCCCGCCUCCACACGCACUCCUGACCCCGCCUCUACACGCACUCCUGACCCCGCCUCUACACGCACUCCUGACCCCGCCUCUACACGCACUCCUGACCCCGCCUCCACACGCACUCCUGACCCCGCCUCUACACGCACUCCUGACCCCGCCUCUACACGCACUCCUGACCCCGCCUCUACACGCACUCCUGACCCCGCCUCUACACGCUCCUGACCCCGCCUCCACACGCUCCUGACCCCGCCUCCACACGCUCCUGACCCCGCCUCUACACGCACUCCUGACCCCGCCUCUACACGCUCCUGACCCCGCCUCCACACGCUCCUGACCCCGCCUCUACACGCACUCCUGACCCCGCCUCCACACGCUCCUGACCCCGCCUCCACACGCUCCUGACCCCGCCUCUACACGCACUCCUGACCCCGCCUCUACACGCACUCCUGACCCCGCCUCCACACGCUCCUGACCCCGCCUCUACACGCACUCCUGACCCCGCCUCUACAUGCACUCUUGACCCCGCCUCUACACGCUCUCCUGACCCCGCCUCCACACGCAAUCCUGACCCCGCCUCCACACGCAAUCCUGACCCCGCCUCUACACGCUCUCCUGACCCCGCCUCUACACGCUCCUGACCCCGCCUCCAUACGCUCUCCUGACCCCGCCUCUACACGCUCCUGACCCCGCCUCCACACGCUCCUGACCCCGCCUCUACAUGCACUCCUGACCCCGCCUCUACAUGCACUCCUGAACCCGCCUCCACACACUCCUGACCCCGCCUCCACACACUCCUGAACCCGCCUCCACACACUCCUGACCCCGCCUCCAUACGCUCUCCUGACCCCGCCUCUACACGCUCCUGACCCCGCCUCCACACGCUCCUGACCCCGCCUCUACAUGCACUCCUGACCCCGCCUCUACAUGCACUCCUGAACCCGCCUCCACACACUCCUGACCCCGCCUCCACACACUCCUGAACCCGCCUCCACACACUCCUGACCCCGCCUCCAUACGCUCUCCUGACCCCGCCUCUACACGCUCCUGACCCCGCCUCCACACGCUCCUGACCCCGCCUCUACAUGCACUCCUGACCCCGCCUCUACAUGCACUCCUGAACCCGCAUCCACACACUCCUGACCCCGCCUCUACACGCACUCCUGACCCCGCCUCUACACGCUCUACUGACCCCGCCUCUACACGCUCUACUGACCCCGCCUCCACACAUUCCUUCGGACUGCAGUAACCAUGGUAACAGCUUCACGCUGAGACAGUCUGGCAGCCAUCUUGGAUUGUUUCCUAUGACCACUCCCCUCCCCUUAUUGCACAUAACCAUGGCAACCACUAAGCCCCACAAAGUGUCUUGUUGCUAGGAUACCACUGACCACCAGCCUGAAUAAUGUUUUUUACAAAGUGCCUUCAGAAUAAUGUUGACUGGAAACCUUUUUGUUGUCUUUUCAAUUGUGUUGGUCAUUUUUUUCAAUAAAUUAACUUAAUUUGGU